UGGUGGUCGAAGGGGUGUGUUUUGACGUGUACAUAUUGUGACAAAAAAUUCUAUUUUUACGUUUCUUUCGUUCACUAAAUCGGCCUAUUUUUGCAAAAUGCUACUUUUAACGAAAUUUUCUGUGUGAACAGGAUGUCGUGGGAAUCGCUCAACUCGCACGACUUCACCAGGUAUGGCGGCGUUAGUCACCAGCUCUCGGCCACCCGUCUCUUAUCAUCUCCCGACGGCUCUCGGCACCCCCUCGACGGCCUUGAGCAGAUCUGGCCUUGGAACGACUCAUACUCAAGCCUUCACCGAGACACUUACACGGAGGUUCGCACCCCAAGACCGCCAAUUUUCACGUGGGGCUGUUUCCGGGCUUGUCGAGCACGAAUCUAUCAAAGCAUCGCCAAAAGAAAGGUGGACCAAGGAGUCAAACUCUACAACCAGCACAAGCAACAACAAGCCGUCAGAAAAUGGAAGUCGGCGCUGAAAGCUAUCAGGAAGCGGGAGGACAAAUUCGUGCUUUUGGGGUACUUGUGUCAGGCUUACAUGGACUGGGGGAAGUACAGAGAUGCGUUAGAGUACGCCCACCGCCAACUUUUCAUAAGUGAAGAGCUCGACAACCCCAAUAUGAGGGCGGAGUCUUAUCUGAGCUUGGCAAAGGCGCAUCAAAGACUCGGAGGGCUUGAAAAGGCCUUGGCGUACGCCCGGCACUCCCUGUACAACGAAUGCGAGCAAUGCACGACCGCCGGCCACGUCCACCUCACCGUCGGCUCUGUGUACUUGGAGUUGGCUGGUUUCAAYAAAGCCCUCGAUAGUUUCCAGCACGCCCAUCGCAUCGCCCAGGCCGUCCAUGACCCAGCACUCGAAUUGCAAGUCUAUGUCGGCCUUUCUGAACUUUUUAGCCGUCUCCAAGACGCUGAUAAAUCCGCCAAAUACGCUUCCAAAGCCUACGAUCUGUCACGAUCCCUCCAAUUGGGAGAUUUGAAUUCGCGACACCAUCGAGCUGCACUUUUGCAGAUGGCGUCGGCGUUGAGGAAACAGGGCGAGUUGGGGGAUGCACACGACUACUGUUCGGAGGCGACCAGACUGGCGUUGAUGUCGGGGGACCAAGCCACUUAUGCAAGAAGUAUACGAAUCAUGGGAGACAUUUACAGGAAGAGGACUGACAUUAAUAAAGCAUUUAGGCAGUACGAAACCGCGAUGGGUUCAGCGGCGGCGAUGGGCGAUCGCGUCAUCCAAAUGGAGUCGAUGGAUGGGGCGGCGAGGUGUUUGGAAGCACUGAGACUCCAGCACAAAAUAUGCAACUGCCGACCAUUAGAAUUCAAUACAAGACUGUUAGAAGUAGCUAGUUCCGUCGGUGCUAAAUUGUUGGUGCGCACGGUUCGCAUGCGCUUAUCGCGCAUCUACCACGCCCUUGGUGACGAGGACCACCGACUCCACCACGAAAGGGUCGCUUUCCGUCUCCAGCAAGACCUGGACCUCAUGUGUGGCGGUUGCGGAUCCCCUUACGGCCUUGAAAGCGACUCACUUGAAGCUCUUCCCUGCGCUCAUAUCUUACACGCAAGAUGUGCCUACGAUUUGUUCCGAAGAAGUAAAAAGAAGAAAAGGUCGUGUCCCGAAUGCGAUCGGACCAGUUCUAGACUAUAUCUGAAUUGUACAGAUUAUAACAACACUCCGUAUAGUCCAGUACCAUUGUCUGUCUGUUCUUCCGACAGUCAUUGUACUUCGCAUCAAGCCACCAGUUCGGUUUAGUACCAAUUUUGCUCACUUAUCAGUUUUUGACCACACGGUACAAUCGCUACGUGAACAACAAUCACUCAUCACUAGAUGUAGAACCAAAUCUGGUAGAGGUAGUAGAUUAAGUAGGUGUUGAAAAAAAAUUCUUGGGGCACUUUCUUCCAUGCACUAUUCAAAAAUUUAGACGGUCGAAUCUUCUAGUCCGAAAUGAA